AUGACCGGCUUGGAAGCCGUGGAGGACGCCGGCGGGAUCUACAGGAAGAAGGGGCAUUUGAACGAGCGAGCUUUCUCAUACAGCAUAAGACAGGAACACAGGAGUCGAUCGCAUGGAUCUCUCGCCAAUUUGAAGUUCGCUGCUCCACCUGAGGUGGAGACAGGUCGCGAGGAACUCAAGAAGGAGCGGGAGAUAAUGCAGCUGGUGGCGGGUCUUCAGCUUGGCUCUGAUGAAGUGGAGCGUCGGGAGGUGCCGCCGCAUAUGCUGAGGUCCAGGCACGCGCCUAGA